UGGCCUACGUAAAUCAAUGUCAGUGUUAAGUACAUUUGUCAAUAUUGAAUAAAUAAAGAGAAUAUAGAAAAAAAUAAAGUAAUUUUCUAAAAAGUAAAUGUAAUUUAAGCAAAACUGCACGUUCAUAAGUUAAUAUGAAUAAAAAGAUCCACAAUAGGAUAAGUAUUACAACGAGUACGCCAGGAGGGACUUACAACGACGCAGUUACAUCCACUGAAAGCCAGCGACUGCAGGAUGGAGAACCGACCAGGGAGAUUGCGCAACCGACGUAUGCAUCACGGUUUUGGUUCUUUAAUUACCUUAAAAUGUGCUCCUUUCGAUUAACAAACGACCUAUACAUAUCGUUCAUGACGUAUUGGUACCCCGACCGCGAGAUUUUACCGGCUCAUAUCGUGAAUCUAAUGCAAGUGCAAAGCAGGCUCCGCGCAGAACGCGAGUCGCACGCGGUCACUCUCAGCAGUUCCAGAGAACAAGGGGAGGAAACUUCGCCAGUUUCAUUGAGAAACUUCUUCAACGCACUUACGUACUAUGUUCUUUCCAGCGAAGAUGAGGUGGGCGUCCACUUUACGCCUAGAGAUCUCGAUUUCCUUGGAAGUGACCGUGAGCCAAUGUUCGUCCUUGUGGACUCAAGCUGCAUCAGUGAUCCAAGUUCUAAGGAACUGCUUAUCGACAAUGGGUUUCACGCCAGAGAUACGGUUUUGACGAAAUACCUAAAUAACAACGGUGCGCCUGUUGACUUGCCGUCAACCAGCACCGAUCUCAGAAAUGAAUUGGUACCGCCGCUGCUGAGAGGAACCGAUUCGUCUGAUGAAAUGCAAAUGAUAGACAUUAACCUUCAAAGUGAUAACGAACUAUUGAUUGGUGACUCUGACUGUGACAAUGAUUCCAUAGUGAUAUCUUACUUGAGAAAUAAGGAUGCCUUUUUGGACUUCGAAGCGUAUUCGGACGAAUCUUUAGAUGCCGAGAUACCUUCCUUUCCAACAUCAAUGCGAUCACUAUUCGAUCAAGAAUUUGUUGAAUCUCAUGCCUCUUUAUCAGUCUUAUCAUUAUUUUCAAAUGAAGACACGAAUAAGUACAAAAAGGCAAUUGAAUUCCUGCACAAUGACAAUGAUUUCUUGAUAGCUGCUGAAAUGGGCGACGAAAAGAUGUUACAGAUAUUACUAAACCGAGGAGCUAAUAUAAACGACAAGGACCAUUUGGGUCGCAAUGCUCUGCACCUGGCUGUAUGUUCGGGAAACCAAGACUCAGUCUUGUUGCUGUUAAAAGCUGGAGUGACUGUCAAUAUUAAAGACCAUUUGGGCAUGACACCGCUCUCCUUGUGCUUGAUGAGAAGGCCAUCUUGGCGAAUGGCGUCUAUGUUAUUCGACCAUGGCGCUAGACUUAUGCCAAGGUUAACUCCAAUGGACACAGGAUUAUUCCUACAAUUUGUUAUGAUGUGUAUUCCAACCAGAGAAGAAGAAAGAAUACUACGUCUUCUCGUAGAGAAAGGUGCAAUAGUGAAUGACCCUGAUGCACCGGGUGGGCGACAACCUUUACACUUUGCAGCCAUGAGCAACAACAUUCGGCUUAUUAAUAUCCUAGUGGACUUAGGAGCCGAUUUAUAUGCAGUCAAUCACAGAAAUCAAACACCUAAAGAAGUCGCAGCGACAUUCAAUUGUAGAGAAGCAUUUGGUCUUUUGGAGCAAUUCGAAGAGCUCUGCAGUUUAAUUGUUGAUAUCGACGAAGAGGCUUUAGUGGGCUCAAGUUCACGAAGCAUUAUUGGGGAUAAUGUGAGGUUCAAUAACUAAUUUAUCUUUUCGUUUAGUCCUAUCCCUAUUAGAUUUCCAUGUGUAGGUAUAUAAGAAAAUAUCCAUUUCUUUAGGUACUAAAAUCCUGUACUUUGUAAUUUAAUAAAGAAAAAUAAACAACAUACAUCUA